AUGCCGCGCCCUGAGGGCCGGCGCGUGCUGGUUGUCGCGGCGCACGGCUCCACGGCGGUGCGCUCCCGCACGGGCGCGCUGCUGGGGCGCUUCCAGAGCCCGCUGCCUGGUGGCGCACGCGGCAACGCGACAGGCGGCGAGUUCAGCGUCGUAGAUGCUGUCUUGGUGGAAGAGCCGCAGCAGGGUGUGCAGGACAAGGCAGAGCAGCAGCAGCAGCAGCAGCAGCAGCACCAGCACCAUCACCAGCAGCAGCAGCAGCAGCAGCAGCAGCAGCAGCAGCAGCAGCAGCAGCAGCAGCAGCAGCAGCAGCAGGGGGCCCAGGGCUCCAGCCUGCCGCAGGGCUCUGUCCUGUUCCUGUCAGACGUCCUUGCCUGGCGCAGUGUGCCACUAGCAGGCUGCAGCGCAGAGUGCAGGAGCUUCUGGCUGGCGGGCAAGCUGCCGGAGUGCAUCAGCAGCGGCGGCAGCCACAUCGCGGGGCAGGGCCCUGAGCUACGGCCAUUGCCUGCAUUGCCGGCGACGCCCGAGGGUCUUGAGAGCGCCGUGCGCGGCGCGUGCAGUGGGGGAGCGCUGGGGUUUGUGCAGGACGGAUGCUACCUGCUUCACAGAGAGGGGCACUACACACCUGGGGCCACGCCGCUGGCGCUGCUGUGGAAGGACGAGGGCUGCAGCCGGUAUCUCUUGGACACGGAUGCGGACGGCGUGGUGCCGCAGCGCCAGCAGGUGGUCCUGCGGUACCGCGCAGACGCCACAGUGGCCACAGCAGACGACCCGCCCGUGGCGCUGGGCCGCCUGCCGCCAGACUUUGUGGCGCGCAUGGGCGCCAAGCUGCUGAGGCCGGGGCGGCUGCUGCGCUUCAGCGUGGGCGAGGGCGGGGUCGCGUUUGAGGGCGGCCGGCCUGCAGGGGCUGACCUCAAGUACGAGGGCCCAGCCAACCAGCGGCGGGGCCGCGCGGACGCGCUGAGCAAGGUGCUGUUCCAGGCCCUGGCGCGCGCGGGGGCGGCGCCGACGCUGGAGCAGCUGCAGGCCGGGGCGGAUGGCAUGGACGAGUGCAGGGGCGCUGGCACGGGCGAUUAG